UCGUUCCUUGCGUCAUUGUGUCAACAUGGCGCCUGUCUGCCGGACAAAAGGCGAAUCCGUCUGACGGAGGAUUGAAACCCAAUUAGAGACAGAGGAGACAUUUUGGGAAGACUGUCAGCGUCCGUGUGUCCCGAGGCGAGAGAUAUAUGGUCAGACACACGACUGCGGAGGCUCUUGGACUGGGAUAUUAAGGAUGUUCCAGCAGUGCGAGGAGCCUCGUUUCACCAUCGAGCAGAUAGACCUCCUCCAGAGGUUAAGGAGGACCGGCAUCAGGCAGACGGAGGUCCUCCACGCCCUGGACACGCUGGACCACUUGGACCGCCAACAUGGACGCAAGCUGACCCACAAACCUCCCUACGCGCCUCCCUCCUCCUCCUUGUCUUCCUGCAGCGCCGCCAUCGCCUCCUCCUCCAUGACCUCCACCUCCACCCAGACAAGUUUCCCCAACAACCGGCUCUCGCUGUCCCCCAACAGCAACAACUUCGACAACGCCUCCCCGCCUCCGCCGAUCCCGGCGGCCUCGCCGGUCGCCAUGGCGGCGGUAGUCCAGAACGGCCUGGCCGCCGUCGGCAACGGGAAGCUGUCCCCGCCCCGGUUUCCUCUCGCCGUGGUUGGCGGCGGCGUGGCGGCGCCGGGCUACGGGUUUGAGACCAGCGAGGAGGACAUCGAUGUUGACGACAAGGUGGAAGACUUGAUGAGGAGGGACAGCGCUGUGAUCAAAGAGGAGAUCAAGUCCUUCCUGGCGAACAGGCGGAUCUCCCAGGCCGUGGUCGCUCAGGUAACCGGGAUCAGUCAGAGCCGCAUCUCCCACUGGCUCCUGCAGCAGGGAUCGGACCUCAGCGAGCAGAAGAAACGGGCCUUCUUUCGCUGGUACCAGCUGGAGAAGUCCAACCCCGGUGCCACUCUGGCCAUGCGAGCCGCCCCAUUGGCCCUGGAGGACGUCAUGGACUGGCAGCAAGCCCCGCCUCCGUUCGGCUCGCCCCCCGGGGGCUUUCGUCUGCGGCGCGGCAGCAGGUUCACCUGGAGGAAGGAGUGCCUGGCUGUCAUGGAGAGCUACUUCAUUGACAACCAGUACCCUGAUGAAGCGAAGAGGGAGGAGAUCGCCACCGCCUGCAACGCCGUCAUUCAGAAACCAGGAAAGAAGCUGUCUGAUCUGGAGAGGGUAACGUCUCUGAAGGUCUACAACUGGUUUGCCAACCGCCGCAAAGACAUCAAGAGGCGCGCCAACAUUGAAGCAGCCAUCUUGGAGAGCCACGGCAUCGAGGUUCAGAGUCCAGGCGGUCAGUCCAACAGCGACGAGGUGGACGGCAACGACUUCCCUGACCAGGGUUGCGAGGUGUCCUUAUUCGACAAGAGGGCUUCAGCCAAGCAGUUUGGUUUCAGUCGCGCUGACCUGACCUCUCCAACCCAGGUACCCACGCUGCUCCCCAGCUGGUUUUCCGUCCUCAGUAGAGGGGGCUUGUCCGGACAGCGGGGCCCGUCUCUGAUUGGCCGCUCCCUGGUGUCCGGGGCGGGCCCUCAGGCGGAAGGUUCCAGAUUGACGGGCGUGUCCUGGUCUCCCCCGUCGCCCUCCCUGCAGGACGAGCCCACCGUACACAGCGCACUGUCCGAGUCCCAGGACCCAAUCGGUUCGGAGAAGGCGGCCGUCACUCACGGCAGCCACGCCCUGGCCAAUCCGGUGGAAGGGGCGGGGCGGAAUAUCAGGAAUGAGAUCAAGACGGAAACGCUGGAGGACGACUGAAAUGGGCCUCUGACAUGGAGUUGUCAGAAGGAUGAAUGAAGCAGGAUCAGAGGUGUGUUAAUAUGCAAGCAGAUUUUAUAGGAAUGUAAUAAGUGGGGAAAAAAAAGACCAAAAGUUGUAAAAUCCAACCCUGAGAUACCUCCCGACCCUACCUCCAACCACCAACCUGCUCGUAUAGGGAUUACUAGGUAAUUAUGAUAAGCUUUUAUUUCUUACAGUGCUCCCCAGCAGGCUGUGGAAGGUUAAAAAUGCCCAAAUCAAUUUCUAAUGCAUUCUGUGAUUCUGACCCACGGAAGGCAGCACACACCUGCUUUGCUUGUGUGUGGAUUUGUUUUUGGCAUUUUAAAUCUUCCGUAGGGGCAGGGUGCAUUGUGCAAGCUCCUCAUGAAGCUGCAUUUCUCACUGUAAUAGACACGGGGCGCACUGUGAUCACAACUCGACAGCCUCAAAAGACAAACGCGCCACGUUCCUUUCGACCGAAAUGACCGUCACGCAUUUUAUCGCUGAUUCUAUUUCAAAUGUUUCCUGUUGGUUCCUUCCAGAAGAAGAAGAGCAGAAUAAGCUCUUGGAGGUCUCUGCACGUAGGUGAUAUUUCCUGUGGGCCCGGGACGAUUUGAGAUUUGGAAAACGGAAACAUAGAGAAUGACCCGAUCCCCCCCCCCCCCCCGCCCUGGUAAAAUAAGCUCAAAGUAUGGAAGCAAAAAUCUUUAUUGAACAUUUCAAUGUAAAAACUACAUGAAAUUGAGAGGUCACCUCGAUCCCUUCUGGGAUUUAUUGCUUAUUCUUUUGACGCAAAUGUUUUGUUCAGCAAUUUUAAUUUGUUUAUUUUAAUCUGAUUUUUUGCACAACUUUAAAUUGGAAAGAGGAGUUUAAACCACAAACGGGUGGUUAUCUACAAAAAUUAUUAUACAAAUUAUAUACAUUUAAUAGUAUUUAGUAGAUCAUUUACAAUCAAGCAUCUCUUUGUUUCUUAAGUGUAACACGUAAUGCAAAAAAAGUUGCUCAAUACAUAACGUCACACAGAUGACCUGCAUGUGGUCAGGUGAUCUGUGGUCAGUCAUAACGAUGGUUAGUGUAAGAUAAUCUACAAUCACUCAGUGUGGAGGCAUCCAAACAGUGUGAGGAGACCGUUUGGCUGCUGUAACGUGAACACAUGCAUGUGUGUGUGUGUGUGUGUGUUAACCGUGGGGUCGCCCAUGUCAUUUCUAUUUACAGUAUAGAGACGUAUUUGCUUCAGAUGAGACGAAGCAUCAGUGUGAGUCUGUCUAUGAAAGGUGAAUGACGCAUUAGCCAAAGUAUUAAGUUGUUAAUUUAGCGUAUUUUCUGAGUGUGUGAGAUAUGCCAAUCAAAGAUGCAUCAGAUGUGUCAACUUAUUGGGAGGAAAUGUGUCUCCGUCUCGUGUUCGUGCUCCAUUUUUGCCGUGUGUUCUAAACACAUUGUCCAGUUUAAAUGGUAUUUUCAUUUCAAAUGACACUUUAUCGGAUCGAUAUGAUGGUGCUCGGAGUCCCUGCUGUUGAACCAGUUACCUGAUGGGUGUGAAUGAGUGACAGACCAGAGCGACCACAGCAAGAACGAAUAAACGAGUCAAUCCAAGGAAUAUUUAUCGCAGUGCGGCCGUUGUGGAAGUCGUUUUAAUAAGGCCUCCUAAAAAAGUAAGGAUUUGUGCUUUUAAAAAGGUCUACAAACCCGUUUCCAUGUUAAUUCACUAUCUCUUUUAGCUGCGUUUUCAGUGAGCCGGCUGUUUGCUGCACGGAGGCUUCAGUGCGAUUAUUGGAGCCCUGAAAACACACAAAGGGGUAAAAAGGUGUCGUAGUCUGUCAGCCAAACGCAGCCGUGUCCUCAUCGAUGCACCGACUCCCAGCCGGAGACCGGUCAUCAGUGGGGACAGAGAGGGCCUCCAGAGGGCCCAAAGCGGGCCGCAUCCCAAAUAUUAGGCAGCAGAAGGCGAGAUUUAGCCGAGUGCACAUUGGUGUCUACAGGUUCUAAUUGAUUGUAGAUUUUAACGUUUAAUCUUCAGAUUCCAGUCGCUGAAGAAAUUCCAUCCGGCUUUGAGACGUGCCUUUUUGUUUGCGCAGGUGUAGUUCUGUGACUUUUAGGUGACACAUUAACACCCGCCACACUAGUUAAAGAGUAAACAAGGCUGUUACUAGGCGACCAAUGGGUGAAACGUUUGAGCAACACGUGAUCUGAAGGUAAAGUGCCUUAUUUAUUCAGCGUGAUGGGACAUGAAGGACUUCCACAUCGGCCGUGCACUCCUCACUGUACCUGAAGGCAAGGCCUCACUUAGAGCUUCAUCACCAGGUGCUUCACAGGCUCCGCUACUAGUUCAGAGUUUAAAAGACUCGACACAAAUACCUCACUUCACCCCGCUCAGCUAUAAGCUACACCCCCGCAGGUCCCUCCACAGCUGCUUCAAUGUGAACGAGGUCACACUGCGACCGGGCUGCAGACGCCUCUCGCUGGCUGAUCUCGGGUCAGAAAUGUCGGCAACCUCUAAAAAGGGAAAUUCCUUCUUGAACUUGAUCCGAUGGAUAUUGAGUUUGGACAUAAAGGGAAGUUCCACUCCAAGGACAGGUCAGCUAUCGUGGCCUUGUGCUUCCACCAAGUCCAAGAAAUACUUCAGAUCCUCAUUCUAUAGUGAGAUGUUCUCCUUCAUCACAACUCAACUGUGUUUUUUAGAUUGAACGACAUUGAGAAUCAAAGCUCUUUUGCUUUAAGCGUUUGUUACUCAUCAUGCGUCAGUGAUGUAGCGUUCUGUUUAUAUGAAUUAUGUACACCAAAAUAUGAAAUGUACUUUUUAAAUCUGCAGAGCAGAAGCCUUUCUGAGGUGAAUCUUUGGGUUCAUUUAAGACGAUUUGCUGUUUGAGAUUAUUUGAGGAUUUAAAACCAUUUCAGUUGCUGUCUUCAUGAUCUCCUCGUGAGAAUAAGCUUUUUUUCUGUCAUUUUAAGAGCCAAAACAUCUGAAAAGAAAUGAAAACCAAAAGAAUUCAAAUGAUUCCAAAAAUUGACCAAGUCGUUAAAAAUGGAAGAAACACAAACUCAAACCUGCGAUCUUUCUGGUUUGUGAUUUACAGUUGAGUUUCUGUUUGAUUGGUCUUCAUUUCACUUUAAGAUUUGACCCUAAAAUGUCUGCGUACAAUGAAAUGAAAUGCAGUAAAUAGCCUUUUUUCUUUGCUCUUCCAGUUAGAUUCAGCACUUUGUUUCUGACGGUCACAUGUUGCGUCUUAGUUGCUUUGAACAGUUCCAUCAGCUGGUUUAUUAAAGGCUGGCCUUCUAUUCGCUGCUUCUUCACAGGGAAAAUGUUUCAGAAGCCAUUUGUCAUUUUACCUUCCUGCAGCGAGACAGAGCGGUAGAUUUUGGGUGUCGAUCCAUAGGGUCUGAUCCCAGGUCUGCUGUUUGGACAAAAGGAAAGGCCCGAUGAUGGAGCUGGUCAUGGUGGUUUCAGUCAUUUCACGCCUCAGGACUCAAUGAAAACAUGAUUUGCAGUUUCUACAAAUGCUGUUUUUAAUGGAGGUGAAAACAUUGAUUAUUAAAUGUAUAUGUACCAGUAUAAUGUCCUCAUUCAAUCAGCCAAUGGCUGAACAUAUAUAUAUAUAUACACACUAAUGUUCCACUUUAUCAGUCAUGUAAAUAGUGUUUUCCAUUUCAUUUAGGCAAUAAAGUAUUCAAUAAUUCUCCUUUAAGAAUGAACUAUCAAACCUCAGCAGGACGUUUGUUGUAUCACUUUGACUUGAUUUUCAUCCCCUCGUUCUUUUCUAUUUCAAGAUUUAGUGCCUUUUUUGGACAGUAGACUGUUCUGUACUCGCUAUGUAGACGAUCUACAUAUGCCUUUUGUUACUUUCAUCUGUUGGAUAAACCUGAUUUGUUUUUAAAAAGGUGUUUUUAUUGAUAUUCUAUUUACAAGGGAAUAAACUGUGUCCUUGCA